AGAAUUGGGUGGUGAAGCUAACCGGUUCAGCGGCCACGCGAGGAGAGCAACCGCCGGGCCGCGGAUGACUUCCACUCGGUAACCUGCCCCCCCCGGAGAGCCGAGCGAUGUCCGGUGGUUCCCAGCCGCUGCAGACGGAGCCGUAGCCGUUAAAGACCGGCCCGUCUGCCUCCCUCCGCCGGUGGUGUUUUUUUUUUUUUUUUUUUUUGGGAUACCCUGCAAGCCCCGGAAAAAAACACACACACACACAAAAAAAAAACAACCGUGAACGCGAGCUAGCCACUGUGCCUCGUACCGGCCCGGCGGAGGCUGAACGGUCCACCGGGGGGUGGGGAGGGGAGGAGGAGGAGAGACACCGACGGACUGAACCCGACCGCCUGGUAGCAACACGGUGCACGUUUCAGUAGUUCCAAAAUACAUAAAUCACAACCACCUAAAACAUGUGAGCCGCGCCGCUUUUGGCCCCAGAUCUUUCUUUACCCGGAGUAGAAGCAAACCGAGGAGCGGCUUCGACGAUGUCGAGCCGCCGGAAAUCGACCACACCGUGCAUGGUGCUGCCCUCGGAUGUAGUGGAGGAGAAAACCGAAAAGACAAAGGAGGAGGAGGAGGGACAGGUGAAAGAGGGCGCAGAGGAGGGGCCGAGUGCGGAGGAGCCGGAUCAGGCAUUGCUGGUUGUGCCCACCCCUCCAGAUACAGAUGAGCCCGGUGCCUCCGCUGGAGAGGACGGCGACGUCCUUGCCCCCUCGCUGAAGCGCAGCGCUACGACUCCUCCCGAGUAUCUAAGCGGCGACCACCCGGCCCAGGAACAACCGUGCGACGCACCCGAAGAGGGGGGCGCAGACCCCGCGGCGAUGGUGGCCAUUUCCCUCAGCAAGACCCCCAUCAUGAGGAUGAAGACCAAAUCGGAACCCAAAAGGAUCGCCGUUUCCCUGAAAUCGACGGACGAGGCGGUUGAGGGUUUUGGAAGGGGCGGCGAGGGCGACGUGGAGGCAGAUCAGGAGCCCAUCGAGGCGCCCCUCGGGCAGAUGACGCCGGUGGAGAUGCUGCUGCACGACUCCAUGAAGCUCGGGGGAGGCGGCUUGCUGGUCAGCCAGUACCCCGAGCAGCAGAGGAAAGCGGCCGCUUUAAACCCCACAGUUUUGCCCGCUGGCCUGGCGCAGGUGCUCUCUGCUUUCCAGGCCCAGCAGAGUGCAAUAGCAGCAGCCCAGUCCCAGCUGCUGAUUCCCCUCAGCAGCAUACCAUCCUACAGCGCAGCGAUGGACACCAACCCCCUGCUGGGCAGCACAUACAAGAAGUUUCCGUACCCCUCCAUGGCCGAGAUCAACAGCCUGGCAGCGCAGACGCAGUUCACAGAGGAGCAGAUCAAGGUGUGGUUCUCAGCCCAGCGGCUAAAGCACGGCGUGAGCUGGACUCCUGAAGAAGUUGAGGAGGCCAGGAGGAAACAGUUUAAUGGCACGGUGCACACGGUGCCCCAGACCAUCACUGUCAUACCUGCCCACCAGCUCUCGGCAGCAGCCAACGGCCUGCAGUCCAUUCUUCAGACCUGCCAGAUAGUGGGCCAGCCCGGCCUGGUGUUCACACAGGUCGGCCCAGGUGGGCACCUUCCAGUGACCAGUCCCAUCACUCUGACCGUGGCAGGGCUGCCCAGUCAGUCCCAGAGCUCCAGCAGAGUUUCCUGCCAGCCCACCCCAAGCAACAGUGAGCUGAAACGGGCUACCACAAUCCAGCCCCCCUCUCUAUCUCCACAGGAGAACUCGGCCCUCAGCGCUGACACAUUUGGUUUGCGGCCCAAAAAGUCCAAAGAGCAGCUGGCAGAGCUGAAAGCCAGCUACCUGAAAAACCACUUUGCCACGGAUGAAGAAAUUUCCCGGCUGAUGAAUAUCACCAACCUCACAAAGGGGGAGAUCAAGAAAUGGUUCAGUGACACCCGGUACAACCAGCGCAACUCCAAGAACAGCAAUGUCAUUGUUUUCCAUGACGGAGGGGGCAGAGGAGGCGGCAGCUGGGCUAGCAAUGCCAGCGCCGCCAUUAUUAUUGACUCGAGCGAUGAGACCCCCGCAUCUCCCCAUCCUCCACGCACUCCUCCUGUGAAGGACAAGGAGACGCGGUCCAAAACUUGGAACCCGUUCCCAGAUUUCACUCUGCAGAAGUUCAAGGAGAAGACCCCGGAGCAGCUGGUGGUGCUGGAGGAAAGUUUCGAGAUGUGCAUCACCCCGUCGGAUGAAGAACUGAGCCGCCUGAGAACGGAGACGAAACUGACACGGAGGGAGAUCGAUGCCUGGUUCACCGAGAGACGAAAAAUGCCGUCCGUCAGUACUUCCUCCCCGGAUUCUUCGGAGGGGGGAAAGACGGAGGCAGACGGAGCAAAAGCAGGAGCCGUUGCUGCUUCUCCUUCCGCCUCUUCUUCCCGUAAAGGUAGUCAGACACCUCCCGGCGGUCGCAGUAAGCAGCUGCCGACCAGCAGCAACAAAGACGUGAAAGACAAAAGUAAAAAGACUCCAGAGCAGCUCCACAUUCUGAAAAGUGCCUUUGUGCGGACGCAGUGGCCCACGCCGGAGGAGUACGACCAGCUGGCAGAAGAGAGCGGCCUCCUUCGGUCCUACAUAGUGAGCUGGUUCGGGGACUCUCGGUACUCGUGGAAGAACAGUAACCUGAAGUGGUUCUUCCAGUACCAAAGUGGCAACGUCGAAGGGCCAAAUGGCGGAGGAGGCAAUAAAAUGGGCGGAGGCGGAGGCGCCGGCGCCGGUCGAAAAAGACGCGGCCGAAAUCGCGGGUGGGGACGGUCCCGAACCAGGAGGCAGCCGAGAAGGUCGGCCUCCUCCAGUGCAGAUGUCGAUGGAUCUCCCCCGUCGAAGAAGUUCAAGACCGGGAGGGAGAUUCUGAAGGAGUACUACGUGAAGCACCGCUUUCUCAAUGAGCAAGACCUGGAUGAGCUCGUCACCAAGACCAACAUGAGCUACGAGCAGGUGAGGGAGUGGUUUGCCGAGGUCCAGCGACGCUUGGACACGGGGUCCGAUCCCUUCCUGGAGGCGGCCGCCGCAGGAAAGCCGGACGGGGGCGGAGCCGGAGGGGAGGCGCUGGGAGAGGCGUCCGCGGCCAACGAGGAGCAGACCGGCACGGGAAUGGGAGACGAGGAGGAGGACGAGGAUGAAGGGGAGGAGGAGGAGGAGGAGGAGGAGGACGGUGGUGGCGGCGACGACACGGACGACAGCGAGGUUUGGGAGCCGUCACGUAGCGUCAGGAAGUCCUUGUCGGUGUCUGAAGACUAAAUGAUUGUGGAAAGACUCUGUGAAACACGAGUGUUACAAGAGGAAUAGCGGUAGGAUCAAUGCUGGAAGGCAGUUAGCGAAACAAGUCUUUUUGCCCAUGAUUUUUUUACUCAUUUGCAAUAUGAAUUUACUGUUUUUUUCAAACCAUUUCUGGCACCACGUCCACAUGAGACUAAAAUAUGGACUAUUAGCUUUAGCUCACUCUCGCUGUACUUAUCUUAUUUUACUGUAAGUAGUGUGUGUGUGACGGUUCCUCACAAGAAUGAUGGUAAUGUAGGAGCUUUUUAGAAAACCCUAAAACACCUUACUUUGAUCAAGCUAAUGAAAAGUUACUCAAUAUCUUGACAAAAGGAAUUGCAAUCUUCAAGCCCCCCCCUCCAAAUAAUAGGUGUAACUAGACCAGUGUUUGGCAAGCUACUCGGUUACAUUUUGCUUAACACUUAUUUAAACGGUAACAAUAUAAAUUCAAACACACACACACACACACACAUCCCAGAUUGAGGUAUGCUAUAUUCCCUUUAAGAAACGUCAAAUUGCUGCGUUUUUUUUGUUGUUUAACAUUACGCACACAUUGAUUAGUACAAAAAAAUAAUGUAAUCAGGGAGAGUUCAAAGCCUCCCCCUCCUGAAAAUGUUAUUUAAUAAGAAAUGAUGCAACGAUAAUAAUAAUAAUAGUUUAAGAAAUGCAGGAAAUGCGUUCCACAUGUGCCACAUCCAUUUUAGAAAUGCACUCAUAAUAGAUGGCAAUGAAUGUUUUACCCCUGCAGGCAACACACACACACACACACACACACACAGAAAAAGACUCCUUAAAUUAAUCACAGCUAGAUGUCACUGCUGAGCAAUGUCCCCAAUGAAACUAGCAUACAUCUAUUUGUGGAACCAGCAUCUUUUUAAACCAUUUUUAAUUGGAUGAACCUGUGAAGUUCAUCCUAAAGGACUAGAUGUAGAUCAGCAGAUAAUUACAGUCUGGCUUUUUAUCUCUUGAGAGAAAACCUUACUGCUGAUGAAUGAAUGAAUGCCACGAUGCUUUAAAACGCAGGAUCAAGUCUUCCCUUUACAGCAUCUUGUUGCUUCAUGUUGGGAGAUUUUUAACUAACGAUGUGUUAAUGUAGAGACCCUUUUUAAAGGGGGAUUUGUUGAAUGUGUGGUUUGAGGCAGGGGGCACCAUUUAUGAACUAAAAUAAUAAUGGCCACUGUGAGGCGGACGUCUGGGUCCUCGAUGGGUGGAAAAGGAUUUGAUGAUGAAUGCAGCGUUUUACCCAAAACCAUCUAAAUGUUACCGCCAGCUGUAGCUCCAGAGUCAAUUUGCAGUCCUCGCCCACACCUGGCCUCGAGGAUUUGGGCUCCGGUCCAAAACGAGGCCCGUGGUCAUUUACGAUCUGGACGCGUACUUUUAUGAAAGAACCGUUGAGCAGUAUUUCCAAUAAUAAUUUGACUCCCAAGUCUGCACUGAAGAGACAAACGUGAAGCACCUAAAGUAAACUUUCAAAAAGCACUUUGUCCACUUGUAUGCGUAGUGGAUUAAAUCCUGAUUUGGCACCUUAAUCUCUUAUUAUACCAUGAAAUGGCUCUGAGAGAACAACUCUGUUUUGUAUAAAAACAGCACCAGUGUUUUGCCUUUUUUUUUUUUUUUAAUCCUUGAUGUGUUUUCUGGAGGAGGAAUCAAUUUAUCCACAUUUCUAAUACUAUGUGUUUCAUAUUUGGAUGUUUAUAAGACUAAAAAACUAGUCGAACAAUCACCCAAGACUUUCUUUCGCUAUAUUGCACAAUUUGAGCAUCAUCUUUUAAGCUUUUAUCCAAUAGAAGAAAAAAGUGCACACGUGUUCUACUUGUUAUGUUUUGUAUUUACUUGCUGUAAACCAUUUGAAUGGUUUCCCCAUCUCUCCUCUGCUCCCCGAAUAGCUCCGGUCCUCUUUUUGUAAAAAAAAAAAUGAAUGCCUCGACUCAUGAUGUGCAACUCCCGAGAUGUGUUUGUGUAAACGUAAGCGGCGUCCUGUUGGUUCUCUGUCUCACUACAUUGUCUACAAAACCAGCAGACAGACAGGGCUGCACCAACAUCUUCAAAAGACUGAAAACAUUUCAUGGAAAAUGAGCUUUUCGUUCCCCUCGUGGAAGGAAAUUGUUUUUCGACGUGUGAAGAAACAGCGCAGCGUUCCCUCUGUGGUGGGAAGUCUACCAAAUAUCCAUCCUCUCUCUUAACUGUUCUCCAGUAGACGGGACGAUGGACAGAAAACUGUCUUGGACCGCAAGUUCUUCAGAGAUCGGGGGAGAGACUCGGAUGAAGCUUUGCAGAUAAACCUAUGUGCCUACAUGGCUUGUACGCGAGUUGGAAACGUGACAUUUUCACCCCCAAGUCUCGGAACGGAAGACGAGAGAGAGAAUUUGCGAAGGCCGUUUUUGAGGGUUUGUGAGGAAGCACGACCGAGCGCCGCUUCCUGCCGACGCUCAUCGAUGCUCUGAAGCCGACGUUGGAAGUCCUUUUUUUUUUUUUAACGGAGGCGUUCUGAAAUGUGCCGUGUCCUACGCCUCGGCCCUUUUAGCCGUCCAGAGAGCAUUUGCCUGCUAGGAUGGCGAGUUCCCAGCAGUCGCAGGGGAGCUGGAAUGUGACGAGAGCUCAAGGGUAUACCCUUUUUUUUUUUUUUUUUGUCUAAUACUGCAUGCAAUAACAAGACAAACAACUGCUCAUUUUGUACAUACAAUAUUUUGGGUUGGUAUACUUGGUACAGGAGAAGCCUAAUCUGGGAUUAAUUAUGCCGGUUUCUUUUCAUUACCAAGUCAGCUGCAACCACGGACCUGUUUUCUUUUCUUUUAAUUCGUGGACGCGUUGUCGUCCUUUUUGCUUGGAACUUUUUGUCGUAUCCUAGAACUGCACGUGCUAAUAUGUAUGCUAAUCUAUACACGUGGCUUGUUUUAAUCCACAGGUUAGGCUUAACCCCGGGUAUCCAGCCCACAGUCUUUUACAGUGUGCGCCGUCUUUCCUAUAGUCAGUCUGUUUUUGAAUGGUUUUUAUAUGUUUCUAUCUAUGAAAACUCUCUCCAGACAUCAGUCGAUUGCUUGUGAACAAGGCGGACUCUUUCAAUAUGUACAAUAGAGUAGUGUUUAAAAAAAAAAAAAAAAAAAUAUAGAAUCAGUUUUAGUUCAGUCGGUAUUGCUCGCGUGGCUUUUUUUUUUUUUUUUUUGGUACUUUGCAAAAGUAUAGAAUCAGAACUCGAUAGAAAAGUCGUGUUCCUCGACGAAGGAACGGUUCUAACUGAUGUCCUGGGAGCACUGGGAACAUGUUUGUUUGCUAAUAAUGUGUCCAAAUGUAUAAAAGCUCGAGUCUAGAACUUAAUACGCCGAGGGGGGAAAAAAAAAAAAAGUAACUAUCUAAUAAACCCUAUUAGAUAUGAAUCGUGCAUUUUAAAUAUUUUUCCCAGGUCGCGGAGGUGACAUGUCUGCACCUUUUUGUUGUCAUCCUGUAUCCCGGUUGACUUUGUGCAGUAUAGCUCAGCGCUAUAAGUAGUUUACCUGUUGUGCACAUGUCUGUAACCUUCGCUCUACUUCUACUAUAGUCCUCACUCGUCUAGUUAGACAGGUAGUUGGUUGAAUGUUUCUUACAGCAGUCAGAGAUUCAAAUGUUUUCACUGUACCAGCUUUUUUGGCAAAAAAAAAAAACACACGUCGGAAUUGUAAUAUACUGUUUGAUGAUUAUUUUUUUCUUUCUUUCUUUCCAGUACAUUUUCCACCUUCUAGUUUUUACUGGUGUGAUUUUUGACCGUUUUUACCCCAAGUAUUGGCGUGCUUUGCUUUGAACGUGUUCCACGUUGUUCCCGUACGACUCUUCUGGAUUUAUCGAUCAAACAUUGAUCUCUCGGCUCCUGUAUUACAGUCAGUUGGUUCCGUAGACACAGAUCCUGCAGGAAGGAUACACUGAGCUAACUGUAUACUCCUAAUAAUAAAUGUUGGAAUGGAAUAUGAAAAUUACUUGCUCGAGGUUGCAGGCAAAGCUUCUUUUUGUUGUUAAUGAUUACCUGAAGCGGUUCAAAUUGGUGAUCUUCUGUGUCUACAGAACUGACACGUCCAUCCACACUAAGUUAUUCCUACACUGUCUGUACAUCUGAACUGUGUUGAACACUGAGAGUCUCUGUCAUGAGCUUUGAUUAAACAUGGCAUGUAUGUGCGUUCGGCCUCUCCAGGCUCGCUUUAGAGAACUUAACGAUUCUUUUUGCGGUCCCCUCGAUCAUCAGCUGGGAGGCAGAACCAUCUGUACAAUGUUUAAUUUAAUAUCCCAGCAUCUGUUGAGGCUCUGGUUUGAUUUCUCGCUUGAUUUGGAUAUACGAUUUAUAUUUUAUACUUGUUUUGAGGACAAAACCCAAUAAAUUUUGAUCAAAAGAUGUGCAUUGUGAGCAAGGUUGUGCAUGUUUUGCUUUUAAAUAAAUGUGAAAUGAAGAAGUCUGGAUAAAAUACAGAAGCAGAGAGGAACUUACUGUAUCACAUUCAAGCUAUGAAUAUAUAUAUAUAUUACUAUUCUGAGGUUCUAGCUAACUAAACCAUCAGUGACGCAGUGUCAUUUAUUGAAAAUACGUAGUUAGUAUUCUUUUUUUUAAAAUGUAAAUGAUGAUCACGCUCAUUUUGCAGCAGACCUACAAUAACGGUAUUCUUUACACAGACGCAGUUGGAAAUGGAUUUGCAAGCGUUUGCAUUAACGUGAAAUGUUUUUCUGUUCAUGCAAAAAUGUCGAGGAGGAAAUGCAGCGAUAAUUUGCAUGUGUUGGAACACUCGUGCGUUGACCACGAGGCAGCAUUGCAGUCCUAACACGUUGACAGACGUGAAUAUGAUUCUGGAGGUGCUUUGGUUAUGGAAAUACCUGCUGGAGUGACGACCAGGAGAGAUGACGUUUCCAUAAAAGGAGCAACUAUAAAGGCUGGAAGUCCUGAACCGGUCGCAGGGCAAAAAGGCAGGCAAGUAAAGAUGCUGUGGAGUCUAGUGUUAAUCUCUUUGAUCGCUCUCUGCAGCGUGAAUACCUUAACUGAACUGAAGGGGAAAACAUCCCAGUCGUCAGACUACACUGGUGGUGAUGAUGGUGGUGAUGAUGUUCAUGAUGAUGUUGAUGAUGAUGGUGACGAUGGUGCAGGUGUAGUACACAGUUCUGAAAGAGCCGUUGAUGGGAAACUCCAGACUUGU